AUGUAUGGCAGCCCGCCCAAGCCUGGCCGCGAGCCGCAGCUCGGCCGAGAGCACAGCUCGGGAGUGAAGGCGACACCGGCCGCGGGCAUCAUCCUGCUGCGCGAGCGGCCCGCCGUGUCAGAGCUCGACGACGCCGCGUGGGAGAGCCAGGAGCUUGAGGUGUUAAUCGGCCGGUACCACGUCGUGGACGCGCUUCGGUCGGGGAGGGACCGCCUGGUGGCGCUGCGGUACGGCGGCGAGUGGCACUUCCCCGGAGGCGCCAAGCGGCAGGCUGACCGCGGGCCUCUGCAGACGGCGUGCCGCGAGCUGCACGAGGAGUUUCUCGGCGGCGCGGGCGACGCCGCUCCCGAGCUCGCCGCGACGCUCUUCGCAAAGGUGUCGAUCUCCGUCUCUUCGCGGCCAUACGUGCAGUAUGUCUUUGCGGACAACCGGCCGCUCCAGCUGACGGCGGAGCGGAUCAACCACGGGCUGCGCCGGCAGCGGCUCGCCUUUGAGCGGCUGGUUGCGUCGGGCGAGUGGUGGGAGAUGGCGCGGUCGGCAAAGGCGGCGGUCGGUCCCGAGGUGCGGGAGGUGCGCUGGCUCUCGCUCUCGGCGGCCAUCUCUGCGCUCGACCCGAAGGUGCCCUUCGUCGACGAGUGGCAGCGGGAGGAGCUCGCGCGCUGCGGCGUCUACUGGCGCCAGAUCCCGCUCGGCACGAUCCAGAUCCUGCGCCAGCUGCAGCGGCUCGGCACGAUCGCCGCCAUCAAGGCUGCUGCAGUCGAGAGCCUUCGCGACGAGGCUGCGCUCGCCGAGGCGGCGGCCGGCGGCGAGGCGAGCGGCGGCGCGUCGGCUGCCGGCGAGGCCGCCAGGCUAGCUUCGGGCGAGGGCAGCGGCGGCGGCUCUGUCCUUGACGCGGCUCUCGCGCAGGUUGGGCUGCACGAGUUGUGGUACCAGCCGGGCUUCCCAAAGUCGUUCAACGUGCACCUCCUCUCGUACAACCUCAACAUCCUGCCGUGGGGGGCGAGGCUCGCGGCGGGCGCCGGCCACGACCACUCUUCGGAGCGGCUGCAGGAGUUCAUCUCGCGGCCCGAGCUCAACACGCUCGACGUGCUGCUGUUGCAGGAGGUCUUCAAGACGCCCCUCCUGCGCGGGCUGCUCUGCCAGCAGGCGAGGCCAUCGGCGUGGCUGCGCCGGCAGCUCUCCGAGCGCGGGUUCGUCCACCAGGUCGUGAUGCCCUUCCGGCCGGGCGUGCUCUCGUGGACCGACUCAGGGCUCGUCAUCGCCUCCAAGCUGCCCAUCGUCGACUGGGGCGUGCAGCGCUUCUCGCGCGGGAUGCACAUCGACGCCGGCGCCGCCAAGGGCAUCCUGCACGCCAAGCUGCAGGCCGGACCGCGGGAGGUUGGCUCGCGGCAGCUCUUUGUCUUCAACACGCACCUGCAGGCGUCGCACUCGGGCGGCGGCGGGCAGGCCUUCGUCCGCACGCGCACGGCGCAGCUCGAGCAGCUGCGCGCGUACAUCGCGGACGUCACCCGCCACUCGGGCGUGCCGUGGCUGAUGGCGGGAGACUUCAACAUCGACGCCAUCGCCGACCACGCCGUGGCGGACGCGUUUGGCUACUUGUGCGACACGCUGCCGCAGGAGUCGGACGAGUACCGCCAGAUGAUGGCCACCCUCAGCGGCGGCGGCGGAGGAGGGAUCGGCACGGUGGACCGCGGCGUGACGGCUGCGCUGGGCGGCCCGUCCGCCGGAGUCGUGCGCGACUUGCUCAAGGAGGCGAGCGGGCACCACCCGUCGACCCGGCCGCCGCGGCUGCAGUUCCCGCAUAAGAGCGAGUACAUCUUCAAGCACAAGUACCCGCAGCGGCUCGACUACCUCUUCUUCUGCGACGCCGACUGCGUGCGCCCCUCGGCGUCUCCGGUCGGCUCGCGGCUCGUCACAUUCUCCGUCGCGCGCCGCGAGGGGACGCACUCCUCCUACACGCACCUCUCGGACCACUACGGCAUCGCAACCACGCUCGCCAUCGAGAACGACUUCUUCUGGCGGGACGACUCGCCCGGCACGUCGCCGCCCCUUGCAAAGACGUCCGUCAUCAGCGAGGCAGCCACGUCGGGAGCCGCCGCGGCGGAGCUCGUGUGCGACGACGAGGAGCUCGGCGUGUCGACCGCGCUGCUCUCCGCCGUCAACCGUUUCGGGCGGCGGCCGUGUUUGGGCGUGCGGCGGCCGCUGUCGGUCGAGCGGCUGGGGGCGCGCUUCGGCGACUACGUGUGGGCCACGUACGACGACCUCUACCGCCGCGUCCUCUCCGUCGGGUCCGCGCUGGUCCGGCUCGGCUUGGCUCGCGGUGAGCCGAUCGGGCUGCUCUGCGACAACUGCCCCGAGUGGGCGUGCCAUGCGUACGGUCUCGUCUCGGUGCCGCUCUGGUUCACGCUCGGCGUCUCGUACGCGCUCAAGCUCCUCCAGGACUCGGCCGUUGUGUGUGUCGUGUGCGGCGAGCGGUGGACGGGCGCGCUGCUUACGAUGGUGCACGAGGGCAAGCUGCCGGCGUUGCGGAUCAUCGUGCAGCGCGAGCACCUGCGGUACGAGGAGCUCGCCAACCUCGUCGCGUCGAUGUGCGCGCUGCGGCUUCACUCGUCGCCUCCAGGCGAGCACGACGUCCACCUCUCGUACGUGCCCCUCGCGCACAUCUUCGAGCGCUCCAUCCUGCUGCUCUGCCUCUCGUCUGGCGCCGGCGUCGGCUUCUACCACGGCCGGCAGACCGCGCUCCUCGAGGACGUGCGCGCGCUGCGGCCGACCUUCCUCGUCGGCUUGCCCGGCGCCUUCCGGCAGAUGGUGCGAAAGUACACCGCGGUGCGGCAGCAGUGGUCGCGGCCGUACCGCCUCUUCUUCGAGUGGGCGUGGCAGCGCAAGAAGCGCGCCGCCGAGGCGGGCCACCCCUCGCAGCCGCUCCUGGACCGCUUCCUGUUUGGCGGCAUCACCGCCUCGCUCGGCGGCCGGCUGCGCUUCCUGCUCGUGUGCGACCGCAACUUCGACACGCAGGUGCGCGACUUCUUCCAGGUGGCGCUGAGCGCGCGCGUGCUCAUCGGUUUUGGCUUCCCCGAGGCGGCGAGCCUCGAGGCGGCGAGACUGGAGGCGCUGCCGGGCGUCGGCGAGCUGUACAUCCGUGGCGCCUCCACCUUCGAGGGGUACCACGGCAAGGAGCACCUGACGGCGCAGGCGUACGACGAGGGGGGCUGGCUCAAGACGGGGUAUGUCUGCUCGUGGGCGCCGUCGGGCGAGCUCCACAUCCUGGGCAAGCGCAACGAUUUUCUGCAUCCCGCGGGCGGGCGGCUCGUCUCUGCGCAGCGGCUCGAGGCCAUCUACGCGCACCGGUGCCCGCUGGUGCACCAGAUCUGGGUGACGUGCGAGCCGCGCGGGCCGCUCGUCGCGGUGGCGGCGCUCGACGCCGAGGCGGUCUUCCGCUGGCUUCAGGCCGAGGGCCUCGACUUGCGUUCGUCGGACGAGCACGCGCCGCGCAUCACCGCCGCGUUGCUGCAGCAGCUGCGGGAGGUUGCGGCCGCGUGCCGCCUCGAGCCGUGCGAAGAGGUGAGCGACGUGCACGUCGUCAAGUCGCUCGGCCAGUCGGAUGAUGACUACCGCCAGCUGGCGACGCCAACCUUUGUGCUGCGCCGCGGCCACUUGCGGCGCAGAUACGACAGCGAGCUGCGCGCGCUCGAGAUCCGCCGGGCGGCCACGACGUCGGGUGGUGCGCCGGGUGGUGCCGGAUGA